AUGGAAACCUCGCCAGGGCAGCAAGGCGUUACGCCUACUCCAAACCAAGAAGAUGUCGACCUUGCUCAACAUCUUGGCCGCUCUCGAUACUUUGGUCUUCGUGACUUUUUUGAUCGUGUUGACCACUAUGUCACCACUUCAGCCUUUGGGUACUUCUUCACCCUCAGUGGUACUGGACACCCUCAAGAGAUUGCUGGAGCGACCUUCUUUCGAGAAGUUCGCGCUGGUAUCACAACUUUUGCGACUAUGGCGUACAUUAUCGCGGCUGCUCUGCUCGCUCAGUCUGGCGGGACUUGUGUAUGUGACUUGACGGAUAGACACGCUUGUGACAAGAUUGAUUCAUAUGUUGCUUGCAAAGAAGACAUUCGACGAGAUAUCGUCACUGCUACAGCUGCAGUCUCCGGCCUGGCAAGCUUCAUGUUCGGCUUCCUGACCAACCUCCCUGUUGCCCUGGCCCCCGGUAUGGGCCUCAAUGCGUACUUCACCUUCCAAGUUGUCGGAUACAACGGAAGCGGCCCCAUCUCUUAUCGUCUCGCACUUACAGCUGUCUUCGUCGAAGGCCUUAUCUUCAUCUUCCUUGCUCUCACGGGUAUGCGUCAGUGGCUCGUUAAGCUUAUACCUUCUACCAUCAAGACUGCCACGGGGGUUGGUAUCGGCUUCUUCCUCACUGAAAUCGGUCUCUCGUACUCUGCUGGUAUUGGCGCUAUCACCGGCGGUGGAAAGGCUACUCCUCUUGCGCUUGGAGGCUGUCCCCAGGAACUACUUGAUGAGGUGACUGGCAUGUGCACAGAAGGGCAGAUGUCGAGUCCCAAGUUAUGGGUUGCUGUCUUUUGCGGUGGUAUCGUCACUGCCUUUCUCAUGGCGUUCCGCGUCAAGUACGCCCUCAUCCUCGGCAUUGCUCUCGUUUCUGUUCUGUCAUGGCCUCGCAACACUCCCAUCACGUACUUUCCGCACACUGACGAAGGAGACUCCCGUUUUGACUUCUUCAGUCAAGUUGUUAUGUGGCACCCGAUCCAAAGAACUCUUAACCAACUCGACUGGUCCUUUGGUGGUUCAGCAUCUCAAUUCGCCCUCGCCCUCUUCACCUUCCUUUACGUCGACAUCAUCGAUGCUACCGCUACUCUCUACUCCAUGGUUCGAUUUUGUGGUGUUGUGAACCCUCGCGACGGUGACUUUCCUCGCUCAACUCUUGCGUAUUGCACUGAUGCUUUCUUCAUCUCGGUCGGUGCUUUGCUGGGCAGUUCGCCUGUUACCGCUUUCAUCGAGAGUGGUGCUGGCAUCGCUGAAGGUGGAAGAACUGGUUUGACUGCCAUGACCACUGGGCUAUGCUUUACCGCUGCUGUGUUCUUUGCGCCCAUCUUUGCCUCUGUACCACCUUGGGCAACUGGUUGCACUCUGAUUCUAGUCGGCUGCAUGAUGAUCCGUCAAAUCACCCAGAUCAACUGGCGAUAUAUCGGCGACGUCCUGCCCUCUUUCGUCGUCAUGACAUUUAUCCCUUUCAGCUACAGUGUAGCCUAUGGUCUCAUUGCCGGUGUUUUCGUCUACGCAGUCCUCAACGGUCUCGUCGGCCUCGUUGUCUGGGUUACACGUGGCUAUGUUGAGCCUCGCGAGUACGAUCUCAAGGAAUACUGGACCUGGAGGGGUUCAGGUCGCGCUCCUUGGUUCAUUCGCGCCAUUCGCCACAAUCGAAACACUGGCCAGGAGAAUGAUGAAGACCAGCCAGGUGAUUCUGGUCAUGCCAUGAGAGAUCUUGACUACGACAAUCGUCGUGAGAACAGCAGCUCCAGGACUGCUUCCAGCGGCAAAGACGAUCAGCCUAUGUCACCCUCCAAUGAACGAUGGGAGCGUUGA